AUUGGCGCGGAAAUGAUCUCACUCAUUUAAUUUUCCUCCCCGUUUUAUAUCACCGCCAUGUCCCGCCCCCCAACCUUCCAGUCGCAAGACUGCGCCGAUACUGGUAGGGCGGGUGUACCGCGACGACGACCACGACUACCACCAUGCUCCUCCACGACGGUUGGCCGCAGUAUUUGCUUCUGCGCUGCAUCAUCUUAAUCUUACAAUUUCUUGGCCCGGCGUGCGUCGCAUACACCGCGUACAGCAUCAGCGAAGCAUGGCCUGAAUGGCGCGUCCCGAGCGUGUUCCAGGCCUGGUGCGCCCUCGAAUCCGCCUUUUUCCUCUUCUUCUUCCUCUUCUACCGCCGAUACCUGCAGCGCGAAGCGACGCAUCCCCCUCCGCGCACCAAGAAGCAGCGCAGAGCCCUCUUCGCCAAAGUGCGGCUCGAAGUGCACGACCCCGACAAGUUCUUUUCUGGCUGGUUUCGCGGGGCCAAAGCGGAAGACAUCGGGCGCGAGGAUGUGCGCGUCUUCCUCAACUGGGCUUUCUGGGAUGGGCAGGCGGACAUGUACGGCGCGGAUCAGAAGGAGCUGGACGAGUAUAUUGGCAAGGUCGAGGAGAUGCUGCGCACGCCGUUCAAGCCUGGACGAGGCUCGGCGAAGAGUCUGCGCUUGACACUGGACCCGAUUGAAAUGGAGUGCCGCACUUUGGCAUGGUAUGGGCUCAUCAUGCUGGCCGAUACCGUCACGCAUUUUGUCAUGAAGAAGAACGGCUUCCAAUAUUUCAAGACGCGCGCGAGCAGUACCGCCGUCUAUCCCCUCCGACCGGCGGCGAUGGUAGAACACGCGAAUUCGCCGGCAAAGGGCAUGUCCUACUGGGUGCGACCGCAUACUUCCAAGAUACAGCUUCCCAUUCUGUAUGUUCACGGCAUCGGAAUCGGCCUCAUUUCGUCCACGCGACUCCUCCACGAGUUAGAUCAAGCAUUGAAUGCGCAUGGCAACGAAAAGUCCGACGGGGAAGUCGGCAUUCUCGCCAUCGAGAUUCUGCAAGUCUCCUCACGCCUGACAACGCCCAUGCUCCGACGAGAGGAAUUCCUUCAGCAACUGACCCAGAUCCUGGACGUGAACGGCUACAAGCGCUUUGUCCUUGCCUCUCACUCCUACGGCUCCGUGCCGAGCACGCACAUCCUUACAAACGACAAACUAGCGAAGCGCGUGGCGAGCACGCUCUUCAUCGAUCCCGUCACCGUGCUCCUGCACAUGCCAGACGUGGCGUACAACUUCACCGUGCGCCAACCAAAGACCACGGCGGAAUGGCAACUGUGGUACUUUGCUUCCAAAGACCCCGGCAUCGCGCACACCCUCGGCCGCCACUUCUUCUGGAGCGAAAACGUGCUAUGGCGCGAUCGCAUUAUGGAACUGGUGGGGAAGGGGAUGAAGAUGACGGCAAGUCUCGCGAGCAAGGACUUGAUUGUCGAUACGCAGGCGGUAGGCAUGUACUUGACGGAGAACAUCGUGCCGGACCCUGUCUUGAAGGAGGAUGAAGAUGGCCGCAAGCAGAUGGAAUUGCAGGUCGGCAAAGAAGCGUAUGGUACUGCGCAUCAAUGGAAACAUCGACCUUGGAGGGGUAAUGGACUGGAGGUGAUAUGGUGGGAGGGUCUGGACCAUGCGCAGGUCUAUGAUCAAGCAUCGACGCGAGCGAGACUUAUUGAAGUGCUGGUGGAGUACAGUAGAGACCGAUAGAGAUAGACCACAAAUAAUAAUAAUAUUAACUGAC